AAGUCUCUCAAAAAAGCUUUCUUUAUUCUCCCAUCUGUAUAGUGUUCCAGAGAGACUCUCCAAGCUUCCUUCCUUUCACAUCACAUGGCAUCGUCUCAAACACUAAACUGUUAGCUACACAACUGAGAUCGAGAUUGACAGAGAGAGCAAAUCGAUAAGUAAAGCUGGCGACUUUCAGCCCACGUCGAGCAAUGGCGGAGCUGCGGCACUCGAGCUCCGCCGGGAGCCGAUCUUCCUCCUCUCCUUUACGCGUCGGAGACGAGGACUCUUCCUCUCCUCACGUACACGAUCACUCACCCAACGGCGGAGGAGGAGGAGACGACGAAGACGGACGACCACGUCACCGUCCGAUCUGGUCAGUAUCGGGGCUCCACUCUCUGUUCCCUUUCCUCGGCGACGAUCUUAGGGUUUCUCCUCAGAAGAAUAAGAUUUCGCUGCUUUUGAUAUUGGUUGUGGCCGUCGUGAGCUUGAUCUCUGUUUAUGGGAUUGUUAAUCACUUGAAUGCGCCGUAUUUGUGUAAGAAAGAUGGGAUUGUGCUGAACUGUCCUCAUGUUAAAGAGUCACCUUCUCCCUGGGAGAAUCCUUUGUCUGCAACUACUUCUUGGAAGCCUUGUGCUGAGCGGCGGAUUGGUGGAGUCUCAGAUCUUCGUCCUGAGAAUGAAACAAAUGGAUACGUUUUCAUUCAUGCUGAAGGUGGUUUGAAUCAGCAACGAAUAGCUAUCUGUAACGCAGUAGCUGUUGCUAAGAUUAUGAAUGCAACUCUGAUUCUACCAGUACUGAAGCAGGAUCAAAUUUGGAAAGACCAAACGAAAUUUGAAGACAUUUUUGAUGUAGAUCAUUUCAUUGAUUACUUGAAGGAUGAUGUCCGAAUCGUUAGAGAUAUACCUGACUGGUUCACUGAUAAAGCAGAGUUAUUCUCUAGUAUAAGAAGAACAGUCAAAAACAUCCCCAAAUAUGCAGCAGCCCAGUUCUAUAUAGACAAUGUUUUGCCACGGAUAAAGGAGAAGAAAAUAAUGGCCUUGAAGCCUUUUGUAGAUCGACUUGGGUAUGACAAUGUACCUCAAGAAAUCAACAGGUUACGAUGCCGUGUAAACUAUCAUGCCCUCAAGUUUCUCCCAGAGAUAGAGCAGAUGGCGGAUUCACUUGUUUCAAGAAUGAGAAACCGCACUGGAAAUCCAAAUCCCUAUAUGGCUCUUCAUCUUAGAUUUGAGAAAGGAAUGGUUGGUUUAUCCUUUUGUGAUUUUGUGGGAACAAGAGAAGAGAAAGCUAGAAUGGCAGAAUACAGACAAAAGGAAUGGCCUCGGCGCUUCAAGAAUGGUUCUCAUCUCUGGCAGCUCGCCUUGCAGAAGCGCAAAGAAGGUAGAUGCCCCCUUGAGCCAGGGGAAGUUGCUGUGAUCCUACGUGCAAUGGGCUAUCCAAAAGAAACACAAAUCUAUGUAGCAUCUGGUCAAGUCUAUGGAGGCCAAAACCGCAUGGCUCCACUAAGAAACAUGUUCCCAAAUUUGGUAACAAAGGAGGAUUUAGCAGGCAAGGAGGAACUAGCAAGCUUUAGAAAGCACGUAACAAGCUUAGCUGCUCUAGAUUUCUUGGUUUGUUUGAAGUCAGAUGUGUUUGUGAUGACACACGGUGGAAACUUUGCGAAACUGAUCAUUGGAGCAAGGAGAUAUAUGGGUCAUCGCCAGAAAUCAAUAAAACCGGAUAAAGGGUUGAUGUCGAAAUCAUUUGGGGAUCCUUACAUGGGAUGGGCAACGUUUGUGGAAGACGUAGUUGUAACCCAUCAGACAAGAACCGGUUUGCCUGAAGAAACUUUUCCUAACUACGAUCUUUGGGAAAAUCCUCUCACUCCAUGUAUGUGUAAGGCUUGAUGAGUUUAGCAUCAUGAGCUGGAGAGAUGAGUUUGGUCUGGAUUUUGUCUGAGGAGAAAGAGACUAGAGAUUUGGUAGUUUGUUUUCUUCCUUUUCCCUUAAUUUUUAACCCUUUAAAGCCGUAUCUUUGUAAUCAUUUUGAUAUUAUGUAAAGUUGCUAGUGAAGAAAAAAAAAGUUACAAAGAUACUUUGAGCUUUGAGGCAUGUUUAAACGUUUGUUUGAAACUUCUAUUUGAGAUAUACAGAUAUGAAAGAAGAUGUCUUUGCAGAGGAACAAGAGAACACAUCGGACUCCCUCCCAAAUGUAGACUUGAACCAAGGAACUGAACAACACUAGUUGGAAGACCCACGAAAUCUCUUUCUUUCUUCAACUUUCCCUUGAGAUUGUUACUAAUCUUCUGCAACUGAAACUAGCUCUAAUGGUGUUCGUUCUCCAUUGUAGCCAACAAAAGAUUGAGUAUCGAUCCAAGCUGAAUCUCAUGUCUUCUUGCUUUGUUUGUUCUCCUUUGUAGCCAUGCAUGACUAUAUAUCAGAUCGACAUACUUUCUU